AAGAAAUGGAUCGAUUAUUGCAACGGAAAAGGAAAGAAAAUUCAACAUUAAUAAAUGCGUUUCUCACCAAGCGUUUGCAAUCAAUGUAUGACAAUGUGAUCGGACGACCUAUCAGCAACAAGUAUGUGAAGCCUGGAGGAUUUCGAAAAUACAAAUUGGAAAUGGACAGGUUAAAAAGGCAAUACAAAGCCGAAAUGAAAGGAGUUAAUGAAUAUGAAGUACAAAAAGCAUUAAUUUACUUUAUCGGAAGCAAGAUGGUGCGUGAGAAUGAAUUAAUGAUGUCUGAAGAAUUGCCAGAGGAAAAUGAAACUUGUGAACCACUUACUUUGAUUCAAAGAGAGGCGAAUGAGCUACAGCAAACAUGUCAAAGUGUCGCAACGGAUGUGCUGUAUAAGUCUGAGCUAUCUCUACAAAAGUUACGUGCUACAACAAAAGAAAACAUCACGAAAACAGAUGCAUCAUAUCAAACUAUACUGAAUGAGCUAACGAGAACCAUGGAAAUCCUUGAAGAGCUGGCAUUGGGCAUUAAAAUGCAACAACAGUCCGAAGAAAAGAUGUUCUUGAAACAUCUUGAAGAUCUGAGAAUGGAAAAACCUCUGAACGAGGAAGAUGAAAACAAGAGCCUAGAAUUGCUUCUUGAGCAAUUGUCCUACGUGUCCUUUUCUGAAGACCUUGACUUUUAAUUAAGUGUUGUCUGAUGCAUUCAACAUUUGAUAGGAUAAUAAUUUUUUCUAGCCUCAUAUCAUAUUACAUCAUAUUACAUGUU